GAGUUUGUUUCCACAUAACAUGAUAUUAAAGCUUGUUUAACAAACGCCUGCAGAAACAGGUGUAUAAAACAUUAUAUUCUCUUUUGAUAAUCGUACACCUGAAGCACAAAUGUUAUCGCUGCAGCAUUGUUUAUCAGUUGGGUUUCUAGGAGAGAUCUCUAAUGAGAGUCAAACCCCUGCUAAGCUAAUGGGAGCGUUGCAGUUUUGUUUCCUUAAACGUCAUCUUCCGAAUAUUGGGGAAUGGAAUGCAUUUUUUGAUAUUAGAUAUCAAGUAGGAAUAUCCCUCAUCCAGCUUGAAUGGAAUGCAGCAUAACCGUGUACCCUGACGAAAUGAAAUUUAUUGUAAGCAACAUUUAUAUUGCAAAUAUUAUUAGAUAGACCUCUUUGGUAGAUUCAUAUGAAAAAUUAUGAUUUUUGAAUGUCUGUUCGGAGACGUUCAUUUCAUGAAACAGUCAUGAUACAGUUAAAAUAAGGCUUGCUUGAGCAUUAAGUGUCAUUUCAAAUUCUGGCUUUCGUGCGUGGACGUGUUUUUAAAAUUUCAUUUGGUAUUAUUAGUUAGCUGCAAAAUAAUGUAUUAUGCCCAAAGGCAUAGGGUGUCUUAUUCAAUGUGAAACUGUUUUCUUAAUGGCAUGAAUCACACUGAAGGCCUAGACAUGCACGGCCCACCACUGCAUUUGUAUAACUCUAGUUUGAAGGAGAUGAAGACUAAGUAUGUGUCUAAACUCAUGAGGAGGAAUAGUCCAGUAUCUCAUAUGGGUGCACGGUCAAAUUAAGUAUACUUUGGGCUUAAACCACACCUCAAACAAUCCCCAGUCAACCUCCCCACGUAUCUCACUCAAAACUCUCACGUAAGAAUUGCGUUGUGCGUGAACAUUUAGAAAGUUUUGACUGAAAACCUGUCCCCCUGUCAGCAUCACGGAGAAGCCAUCCAGUCUUGAACACUCGCAGCCCGGUAUCAACUCACUUACUGAAGCACCCACAUAGAGGCCGGGUGUACUUAGUUUUUCUGUGUUCCAGAUUGAAUCUGAUCGCACCCGGCCAACCACGUUGCCUUUCAAAGUAUACUUUUCUGACAGAGAGCGAAAAACGAACGCAUUAGACGCAUGCCCUCUACAACGUCUUUGUGAUACUCUUUUAGUACAGUCAAUGGCCGGCGCAUGUGCAAACGAUGUGCACAGAGGAGGACCACGUCCAUGGGUCUAGAAAAUCUGGGCCGGAGCGAUCAGCAAUGGGGAAAACCGAAAUAUACUUUGGCCUUAAGAGUUUGAAGCACCUGUCUUAUGAAAAUGUCAUGUGGUGUUAUGAAUAAUCAUGAGAUAGCGCCUUCUCAUUGGAAACAUUUCUACACUAUCUGACCCUUAGAAUUAAAUCUGCUUGACAUGCUGCUGAAGAUGGAGUUUGUUAAAGAGGAGUUUAAAGAGGAGAGUGAAGACUUCAUUAUUUCAGAACCAUUCAGACUGAAGAAUGAAGAAGAUACUGAGGAGCAAAAAGAGCUGAUGGAAGUGAAAAAGGAAAGUCAAGAACUGACUGAAGUGGAGGAGAAACAUCAGUAUCAGAAACCUGAUCAUUUUGUAAGUGCAGAAAAGUUUAACAUUUGCUCACAGACUAAAAAGAAAUACUCACAAAAAAGAACUCGAAGAACAAAAACAGAAAUUCUGUGUGGAAAGAGUUUCACACAUAAAAGAAAUCUUCAAAGCCACAUAAGAAUUCACUCCAGAGAGAAACCUUUCAUGUGUCUUCACUGUGGAAAGAGUUUCACACAUAAAGUAACCUUGAAAAGGCACAUGAGAAUUCACAUUGGAGAGAAGCCUUACACAUGUCUUCACUGUGCGAAGAGUUUCACACAUAAAAUAAAUCUUCAAAGCCACAUAAGAGUUCACUCUGAAGAGAAGCCUUACACAUGCCUUCAGUGUGGAAGAAGUUUCAUAGACAAAAAAACCCUUAAGGAUCACAUGAGAAUUCACACUGGAGAGAGGCCUUUCACAUGCCUUCAGUGUGGAAAAUGUUUUGAACAUAAAAGAAGCCUCAAAAUUCACAUUGGAAAUCACACUCGAGAGAAACCAUUUGCAUGUCUUCAGUGUGGGAAGAGUUUCAGAAAUAAAACAACCCUGAGAUCUCACAUGAAAUGUCAUUCAGGAGAGAAAUUACACCACUGUUCUCAGUGUGGCAAAAGUUUUGUUCAGGCAAGAUAUCUCAAAAUUCAUCAGCGCUAUCACUCUGGAGAAAGGCCAUUUAACUGUGAUCAGUGUGGUCAAAAAUUUGUCUGUUCAUCACACUUAAAAGCACACUUGAAAAUUCAUGGUAAUGAGAAGCCUUACAUGUGUUCCCUUUGCGGAAUGAGUUUUUUACUGCUGAGCAAUUUUAAACAACACCAGGAAAUACAUACUGGUGUGAAAGCUCAUGUGUGCUGUGAAUGUGGAAAAGCCUUUGGCCGAUUCAGCAGCUUAAAACGGCACCAAAGUGUUCAUACGGGAGAAAAACCUUACAAAUGUUCACUUUGUGAAAGUAGUUUUGCUUAUCCAACACACCUGAUAACUCAUGAGAAAGUGCAUACUGGAGAGAAGACAUAUGACUGCACUCAAUGUGGGAGGAGUUUUAGCACAUUAAGUAAUCUACAGAGACAUUUAAAGAAGAAUUGCCCAAAGAUGUCACAGUGAGCAAACUUCAUCUUGAGAAUCUUUGUCAUGUGAAAUUUGUGAAACUUUUAAAGAUGUGCUGUGUCUUAGAGAGACUACACGAGUGAUAUGGUGUUGGAAGCUUUAUAAGGAACCAACACUUACAAUACAGGAUGAAUGAAAUGAGGAAAAAAUGCUAUUUUGGCCAUACCAAAGCCUAUUGUCAAAGACACUAUAAGGAUGAGAUGAGUCAUAACUAUACAUAGGAAUAGGAAAACUGUAAUGCUAAAUAUGGUGACUGGUUGGAAUGGAAAACAGUAAAAGAGCAAUUACAUUUUUUGAUAUAGAAAACCAAUGUGAAUUUCUUUUUUAGCAUGCUUUUAGCUAAAGAAGCACAAUUUAGAACACUAUUGUUGCCAGAUUUUAUUUCUGAUUUGACAAAUUUUGUACAGAUAAUCUUGAAAAACAGUUUAAGAUUUCAGUCUUUCUCCAAUCAAGCAGAUUGGAGGUGUAUGCACUGAAAAUAGCUUCCCAGGUGCAUUACAAACAUGGCGGACCAAGUGACCGGAGAUUCCUUAAUGGACUUUGACUUUGCUGUUGAGUAAUGUGUUUAAAAAAAUCACUUGGGCUUAGAUGUAUAAUAGUUUAUGAUUGAGGGAACAUUAAUAACAUUUUAUAAGGUGUUGUAUACUAUUGUGUAUUGAUUAUAUAUUUUGCUGAUUGCACUGUAAAAUUACCAGAAAUAAAAAGGAUCUAAAUCUUG